AUGAAGCUUUGUCAGUCCAUCAUGGACAUGGAUAUGCCCGAUUAUGUCGACUCCUUGGAUUCCUCUUAUACCAUGCUGGAAUUUGAAAACCUGCGAGUGCUUCCGAAUAACACUGCAGAGGCCAUCGCAACUGAGUCAACGAACACCAACCUGCUCACCAAUGGCAUCGGCUCCCUCUGCUCCAUUUGCGGGGAUCGGGCAACUGGCAAGCACUACGGAGCAUCCAGCUGUGAUGGGUGCAAGGGCUUCUUCAGGAGGAGCGUCCGCAAGAACCACGUCUAUUCCUGCAGGUUCAGCCGACAGUGUGUGAUAGACAAAGACAAGAGGAACCAGUGCCGAUACUGCAGGCUGAAGAAAUGCUUCAGGGCUGGCAUGAAGAAAGAAGCUGUGCAGAAUGAACGUGACAGGAUCAGCAUUCGCAGAAGCAGCUACGAGGACAACGGCUCGCUGUCAAUCAAUGUCCUCACUCAGGCUGAAGCCAUGGCACAGCAGUAUUCGUCGCUGAGUCCCACGCACAGCGCAGACAUUGCAAUGAAGAAGGUCGCAACCAUCAAUGAUGUGUGCGAGUCCAUGAAACAGCAGCUUCUGGUCUUGGUGGAGUGGGCAAAAUACAUCCCAGCGUUCUGCGAGCUCCCGCUUGACGACCAGGUUGCCUUGCUCCGAGCCCACGCAGGGGAACAUCUGCUCCUUGGGGUAGCCAAGCGGUCGAUACCAUAUACUGAUUUUCUAUUAUUAGGGAACGACUUCAUCAUCCCAAUGCACUGCCCAGAACUGGAGAUUGCUCGUGUGGCCACCAGAAUCUUGGACGAAUUGGUGAAGCCCUUGAGAGACAUCCAGAUAGACGACAAUGAGUACGCUUGCCUUAAAGCCAUCAUUUUCUUUGAUCCGGACUGCAAAGGCCUGAGUGAGCCCGGGAAGGUGAAGAACAUGCGAUUCCAGGUCCAAGUCAACCUGGAGGACUACAUCAACGAUCGCCAGUACGACUCACGAGGCCGGUUCAGCGACAUCCUCCUCCUCCUGCCACCACUUCAGAGCAUCACCUGGCAGAUGAUAGAGCAGGUCCAGUUCGUGAAGCUCUUUGGAGUGGCGCGGAUUGACAGCUUGCUGCAGGAAAUGCUGCUGGGAGGAACUACCAUCGAUCUCCAGUACCAAGCAGGACCUCCCAACCUCAGCCUGGACCCUCUGCCGGGACACGUUCUUCCAAGCAGUAUGAGUUCUGUGAUUCACGCUGCUCCAGACCCAUCUCCUGAAACAUCCCUUCCGUCUCCUUCUACAAGCACAGGCAGUGAAGACUAUAAACUAGGCCCUAGCGCAGGACCUGCCACCGUAGCGCAGAUCUUGCCUCAGACAGUUGUACCAAAGCAGGAAAUUUUAUAG